CAAUAAACGUUUGGGGGGCACUGAGUAAUGUAGCCAUUUCUGACCCAGCAGCCGGGAACAUGUGAGACAAUUUGCUGCUGCUGGAAGGAGGACAACUGGGGCUGGGUUCCUGCAACGAGCAGAUUAACUUUGGCGCUGUGGACGGGGGCGACAGAACAGGCGGAAAUGAUGGGGAAGCUGAGGUUAAGCCGUCUUAAGUAAUCUACCAAGUUGCGUUAAGACAGAGCAGGGAUUUGAACCCACCAAACCUAAGUGCUUUUGUUCCCACCAUCGCCUAGGCAGGAUUCAACUCAUUCAGCCGAAGGACGAUAAUAUGGAUCAAAAAUCCAUACUGGAAGAACUUCUUCUCAAAAGGUCACAACAGAAGAAGAAAAUGUCACCAAAUAAUUACAAAGAGCGGCUUUUUGUUUUGACCAAAACAAACCUCUCCUACUAUGAAUAUGACAAAAUGAAAAGAGGCAGCAGAAAAGGAUCCAUCGAGAUUAAGAAAAUCAGAUGUGUGGAGAAAGUCAAUCUCGAGGAGCAGACGCCCGUGGAGAGACAGUACCCAUUUCAGAUCGUCUAUAAAGAAGGGCUUCUCUACAUCUAUGCGUCGAAUGAAGAGAGCCGAAGUCAGUGGUUGAAAGCAUUACAGAAAGAGAUAAGGGGCAACCCUCAUCUGCUGAUCAAGUACCAUAGCGGGUUCUUCGUGGACGGGAAGUUUCUGUGCUGCCAGCAGAGUUGCAAAGCAGCCCCCGGAUGCACCCUCUGGGAAGCAUAUGCUGAUCUGCACAUUGCAACCAAGGAAGAGACGCACAGACCUCCCAUCUUCCCAGAAAGUGUGCUGAAGAUUCCUCGGGCGGUUCCUGUUCUCAGAAUGGAUGUGCCAUCUUCAAGUACCACUGUAGCCCAGUAUGACAGAGACUCAAAGAAAAACUAUGGCUCCCAGCCAAAUGUCAGCAUGCAGUAUGUUCCAAGGGAAGACUACCCUGACUGGUGGCAAGUAAGAAAAUUGAAAAGCAAUGAAGAUUUUGCAGGCAGUAACCAAAGGGAAAGAAAUGUUGUAACCCAGAGCACCUCAAAGAUGUCAUGGGGGAUCCCUGAGUCAAGUUCAUCUGAAGAAGGGGAAAACCUGGAUGACCAUGACUGGUUUGCAGGUAACAUCUCCAGGUCACAGUCUGAGCAGUUACUGAGACAAAAGGGAAAAGAAGGAUCCUUCAUGGUUAGAAAUUCUAGCCAGAUGGGGAUGUACACAGUAUCCUUAUUCAGUAAGGCUGUGAAAGAUAAAAAAGGAGCUGUGAAACAUUACCAUGUGCACACAAAUGCUGAGAACAAAUUGUACCUGGCAGAAAACUACUGUUUUGACUCCAUUCCAGAGCUUAUUCACUAUCAUCAACACAAUUCAGCAGGCAUGAUCACCCGUCUUCGCCAUCCUGUGUCGACCAAGGCCAACAAGGUCCCCGUCUCCGCAUCCUUGGGAAGUGGAAUCUGGGAACUGAAGAGAGAAGAAAUCACCCUGUUGAAGGAACUGGGAAGUGGUCAGUUUGGAGUGGUCCAGCUGGGCAAGUGGAAGGAGAAGUAUGACAUUGCUGUCAAGAUGAUCAAGGAAGGCUCCAUGUCAGAAGAUGAAUUCUUCCAGGAGGCCCAGACUAUGAUGAAACUCAGCCACCCCAAGCUGGUUAAGUUCUAUGGAGUGUGUUCAAAGAGAUACCCCAUAUAUAUAGUGACUGAAUAUAUAACCAACGGCUGCUUGCUUAAUUACCUGAAGAACCAUGGAAAAGGACUCGAGCCCUCCCAGCUCUUAGAAAUGUGCUACGACGUUUGUGAAGGCAUGGCCUUCUUGGAGAGCCACCAGUUUAUACACCGAGACCUGGCUGCUCGGAACUGCUUGGUGGACAGUGAUCUCUCUGUGAAAGUAUCUGACUUUGGGAUGACAAGGUAUGUUCUUGAUGACCAGUAUGUCAGUUCAGUAGGAACAAAGUUUCCGGUCAAGUGGUCAGCCCCAGAGGUGUUUCACUACUUCAAAUACAGCAGCAAGUCUGAUGUAUGGGCAUUCGGGAUCCUGAUGUGGGAGGUGUUCAGCCUGGGGAAGCAGCCCUAUGACUUGUAUGACAACUCCCAGGUGGUUGUGAAGGUCUCCCAGGGCUACAGGCUCUACCGGCCGCAACUGGCGUCGGACACCGUCUACCAGAUCAUGUACAGCUGCUGGCACGAGCUCCCAGAAAAGCGUCCCACAUUUCAGCAACUUCUAUCUUCCAUUGAACCACUUCGGGAAAAAGACAAGCCUUGAAGAAGAAAUUCGGAGAGUUGAUGAGAGUGGAUAUACGUGUUGGCCAACAUUUUCACUCUUCUUUGAAGAGAAAGUAGCAAGGCAUAAUGUAAUUUAGCUAGUUCUUCUUAAUGGUGUUCUGUGUGCUGUUUGUCUGUUAUAUGAUCUAGAAAUUAACAAGGUAGGAAACCAAAAAUUUCCUUGACUUUCAGGUCAAAUGAGUAAUUUGGUUUGUGCUGCUCUUAACAUAAUACUUCCUAGCCUAUCGCAGAAGCAUAUUUUCUGAUUGCAGUAUGGAGAAGGUGUGUACCAUGUGUAAACAUUGAACAGAAUUGAAAAAUUAUUUGUUGGAUCUUCGUUCUUUUCUUUAUACUGUUGCUGUCAUGAUAAUUAAAUAUGUUAUUAGCAUGUACAAAAAUGUGGACAUUUGCCUUCAUGUUUCAAUAUUCUCAAACAGUA